AUGACUUGCAACGUCCCCCCGCGAGGAUACAUCUAUGUCAUUCGAAUAAAUGAAUUAAUCGAGAACCAUUUACGGGACUUGGAUGCAAAAGAUUGGACUAUUGUGCAACGCCAUGUAUACGAACGGGAAGUACGGCAGCGAGCUUUGCAACUGAUCGAUCAGGCAGUUGCGAACUACCCAGAAGAUGUCCACUUGACUGGUUAUAUGGCAGAUCUUAAUUGGUAUUAUGAGUAUGGUGACAAAAGGGUUCCAUUUCCUUACCCAUCACCAGCAGAAAAUGCAAGGAACUACCUAAUCAAAAAUCCAGGCGUCGAUAUUCGCGGCUCUUUUCGAGAUGGCAAUCUACCCACGACACGAGGCGGUCGAUCUGGUGGUGUUCAUGAUGGCCAUGGUAGUGCGCACCAGAGUAGUGACGUUGUUGAACAAGUUGAUGUAACACUAUCAGAUCUAUCUACGUUUUUCCCAACAACGAUUAAGAGCUCUAUUCAUCGUCAAACUUCAUCAAGCAGCGGAAGUGGCUCUAUGUUUGCAAGACAACAAACCUCGGUUCAUAACUCAAAUGGUACGUGGGAACUUUCACUUGCAGCGUCAUCUCAAUCUGCAGCAUCGUCUCGAAUUUUAAAACGAUCUAUCGGGGAUUUCGAUACCAGGGAAGACAAAGCAGUUGUAAAAAGAGAGCGAAAGGAGUAA